AUGGCGUCCCCACCAACAACAGUCACCCUCCGCUCCCCCUCAAAAUACACAACCGCCUCCUCCCCAUCACCAUCAACCUUCUCAGCCCCGCCCCUCGAAUGGCUCCUCCGCACCUGGUCCGUAACCCACUCCACCCUCGCAAUGUGGCGCGACGCCCGCAACGUCCGCAUCUCCUACGCCUCCAUGGCCCCGAAACCAGACGGCACAGCCCGCAUAGACGACCUCGUCGAGUACGAGUCCAACAAGACGCCUCACCCCUCCACGGCCGUCAAAUCCGUAAAGGGCGUCGAUACCGCCUGCGCCGUCGGGGAUACUUCCGUCUGGGACUGGAGGGGGAAAGGGUGGCUGUUCUUUGUCGGCAGUCAUUGGGAGGUUCUCGGGUGGGGAGAGAGGCGGAUCGAAGGUAGCGGGGAGGUGGAGAGGUGGGCUGUUACGUGGUUUGCGCCGACGGUGUUUACCAAGGAGGGUGUUGAUAUCUACUGCGAUCGCAAGGAAGGGUUGAGUGCCACUGGGUAUGAGGAGGUUAUGGGCGCACUGAAGGGCUUGGAGGCCAAGGAGUUGGUUGGCAUGGUGGAGAAGGAUAUGUUGCCUGUUGAGAUUGCGUUGCCCUGGAAGGAGGCGUGA